UACACACACACACACACACACACAUACAAAAACACUCAUACAUAUAUAUGAGAGAGUAACAUAUAUUUGUAGACCAGUGUGUAUGUGUGUGCAUGCAUGUGUGUUUGUGUGUGUGUGUGUAGCUGGAUCUCUGCACUAUUCCCUCAGCACCGAUUCCACACUCAUUGGCUUCCACCAACUCCAGUAUCCAGUACGUAACUACGUCUAACAACAUGAAUAGAACUGUUUGUAGAAUAGGAGUGAAGGGUGUGUAUGAGUGAGUGCAUGCGUGUAUAUAUAUCUAUAUACAUAUAUACACAUAUAUAUAUACAUAUAUAUAUAUACAUAUAUAUAUAUAUAUAUAUAUAUAUAUAUAUAUAUAUAUAUAUAUAUAUAUAUAUAUAUAUACAUAUAUAUGUAUGUAUGUAUGCAUAUAUAUAAAUGCAUGUGUGUGUCUUUUAGAGUGUAUAAGUACAAGUGCUUGCAUGUAAGUAUUUCAAAAAUAUGAACCGCAGAGUAAAACAAGUCACUUCCCACUCUCUAGAGUACCACACACACACACACACGCAUAUAGAUAUCUCUCACUGACAUGCACACAUACUCACAUACAUACACACCCAUCUAAACUUCUUAUUCUAUGACUCUUUCACCCCUGUUGGCCUUUUCUCACCUAUACCCUGUCUGAAAACAUCUUAUGAGGGUCUUUAGCAACAAAACCAGACUCAGACAGCAGACACACAUUUACAACGAUUACUAAAGAAAGCCAUUCAACUCCUCAGUAUUUCCAUGUGGUAUGACAGAAGUGAUGAAUCUCAGGAUUGGGACUCAAAGAACAGAUUCUAGAAAAAUAACAAUACAUAUACCAUCAGAAUCUUCAGGAAAAUGAACUCGUCAAGGUCUUCAAUUUGUAGUUUGACCAGUAAAAAGCUAAAUGUUGUCACACUUUAUAAUCUCUCUCCUUAUGACAAAAAAGGUAGAGACCGGGCGCAAGAAGCUGCCAGGAUACUUUUACUAAAUGCUCUCAAAAUGGAACCAAAUGUUCAUGAAAUAUUCUUUGCAGACACAAAACCAAAUCCUUUAUAUCAAGAAAUUGAUCAGACAAUUUUCUCACUAUCAAAUUUGUCCACGGCCAUCACUGCUGAUGUAAUCAGCAGACAUAAAGAUGAGUUUCGUUUCCACACAACCAUUCGACGGACUGAAGUGAAUAAGAGUUUAAAUGAAAUCUAUUCGGGGUUGGCUUGGAAAAAACUUGGUUUUUGCCUCUAUACACUUGUCUACCCACAAGUUGUAAAAGAAUCUUCCAGAAUAUGUUUCAAAGACUUUGUGGACAAUGGUGGGACUAAAUGGGCUGAGAAUUUGCUACAGUGGCUGAAGCAACCUGAGUGGACCCGACUUAUAAUGAAACGAAUCAUCACUGGACAGUGCAGUGAAGAACAAUACAACAUAGAGAUGAACAAUCUGUUUGUUAAAUUCCAUCUUCUCGACCCUGCCUAUGUGAUACAAACAUAUUACUUUCUGAAUCAACAAAAAGCUUUACCUCAGGUCCAUCUUGAGCUCGUGACCCGUAACUACUUGGGAGGGGCUUUUGACUGGACCCUGUUCAAAGAAGAGAUCAGCCGAGCAAUCCGUGUCCCUUCUCCAUUUGACAUGUCAUCUCGGCUCAGCCUCGAUUUAAAUGAUGUCUUUUAUGGUGUUAAAGUUGAUGAGUUUAUUGUGACAGAAUGCCGGAAUAUUGGUGUGUGGAAUGGGAAAAGGCCCCAUAACCGUCAAAUGCUGCGUUUGAAGGACCGAUGUGUACUUAUGUAAGAUAAAAACAUUAAAUAACCAUUUGUAACAGAGUGGUUUCAAUAUUGGACAGCUGGCACAAGGUUUGCAAUUCUAUACAUCUAUUGCUACUAUUUGUUCAUUCAUUUUGUUGCCUUUUUUCUAUGUCAGCAUGGGUUAGAUGGAUAUAUUAUUGAGGCAUUAUUUUGCAGCUAGAUGCCCUUCCUGUCACUAACCCUAAUCUGUUUUUCAAGUAAAAGAUCUCUUAUUCUACGAAGCUUCAAAAGCAUUGUAUAAUGGUAACAGUUAUAGUAAUGACCAUUUUACUGACCAAUAAAAUAUCUAGCAACAAGUAUAAACAUCUGUAAUGAAAAACUCAUCUCAAUAUUGAUAUUGGUGCCUUGAUGACUUUGAUGUAAGUGGAGUUUUACGAAUUAAUUUUGAUGGAAACUUUCAAAAAAUUAACUGGAAUUCAUUUUAGAAAUAUCAGAAACAGUUUUUAGAAUGAAAUAAACACAAAUAGUGUGGACUGAAAUAGGAUUUUUAUUUUUUGCCAUCAGGAAAAAAAAAAAAAUUGAAUACUGAUUGACAAAUAGUUUUAUACGAAGUUAACUUGGUGCAUAUAUAGAGAGUUUCUUUGGACAAGGGUGGCCAAAAAAUAAUUAAAAAAAAAAAACAGUAAUUGUCUUGAUAUCACAUUUCUUAAAAAAAAAAAAAAUGAGUGUUCCAAUUAGAACAAUUGUUGAUGUCUACAGAGCUUAUCUUUAGGCAUCUUUCUAGAAAGGAAU